AGACUACAUUUCCCAUGAACCAUCAGCGCGGAAGUAAGAAGUCAGCUGAUGUUCUUGUUGGGCUGCUAGAAGUUGUUGCUAUAAUCUCGCGUAUAUUUUAAACGUUUAUUAGUAUAUUUGCUCUUUUCAUUUGAAUUAUGUUGCGUCCUAAAGCAUUAACACAAGUACUCAGUCAAGCAAACACCAGUGGAGUACAAAGCACGCUGUUAUUGAACAAUGAAGGCUCCCUGUUGGCAUAUUCUGGAUAUGGAGACACCGAUGCAAGAGUCACUGCAGCUAUUGCCAGCAACAUCUGGGCGGCUUACGACAAAAACGGACACCAGGCCUUUAAUGAGGACAAACUGAAAUUCAUACUGAUGGAUUGUAUGGAGGGAAGGGUUGCCAUUACACGUGUUGCUAACUUGUUGCUUUGCAUGUAUGCCAAGGAGACAGUCGGCUUUGGGAUGCUUAAAGCCAAGGCUGAGGCUUUAGUGCAGUACCUUGAGGAACCACUAACACAAGUGGCAGCGUCGUAGGAUCUACUUUGACAUGUGGAUUUGUGUAUAAGAUCUUGGCCUUUAUACAAUAAUAUCUAUGGCUUUAUUUAUUUGCAUACUCAAGUUGAUUGCUGUAUCAAAUUAUGCGGUUAUAAAACCCAAAAUAAGUAUUAUUGCAUAAACAUUAAUUAAUCCAUUUGAA